CAGGUGUCACUGUAGUGAGUUUGCAGGUCAGAGGUCGCCGUACACACAUGUGCACGCACGUUGCUGUUUAUUCUCCAAAAUCAGCCAAUUCCGUCUGAUAUCCAGCCUUCACGGACCCGGGUUUAACCCCGAACUCACAGAGUUCCUGAGAGAGUGAGGGAGAGAGUGAGAGUGACUACCACCAUGCCGGUGACAAAGCAGUAUCUCCGCUAUGUUGCUGCCUCCAUGUGGGGCGUGGUCGCCAGUCCCAAGGCCCCCGUGGUGCUGCUCUGUCUGCGUGGUGUGAAGGGUCGUUAUGCAGCUGUGGCAGCUGUGGAGCAUGUCUUUGUCUGGGACCUGCGGACGGGCGAGAAGUUGUUGGUGUUGAGAGGAGAGAAACAUGAAGUGACGAGUCUGGCUGCCAGCCCAGAUAACCAGCACAUCGCUGUCGGGUACAGUGAUGGCACAGUGCAGGUGUUUCGCCUGGUGACAGGAGAAGUUGCAGUGGUUUUCAGCGGACACAAAUCGGCCGUGACGACGCUUAGAUACGACCACAACGGGAUGCGCCUCGCCUCAGGGUCAAAGGACACAGAUGUGAUUGUAUGGGAUGUGGUUAAUGAAUCUGGAUUGUACAGACUAAAGGGACACAAAGGAGUGAUCACCCACUGUCACUUCCUCAGGAACAGGAACUUUCUCCUCACAAGUUCCAAGGACACGUUUGUGAAGUGGUGGGACCUGGACACUCAGCACUGCUUCAAGACAAUGGUGGGACACAGGACGGAGGUGUGGAGUUUUGCUGUAACUACAGAUGAACGGAGGCUGAUUACAGGCAGUGGCGACAACGAGCUAAGGGUCUGGGAUAUCCAGUACAAGGAGCAGAAGCCAGAAGAGGAGGAGCCUCCUGUGAAGAAACCUUUUCUAGAGGAGGAAGAAGAUCAGGAAGAGGAGCAACAACAAGAUGUGGAAGAUAGACUAGUGAGCACCUCGCGGGUCGGCUCAUUGCUGAGGAAAGGGAGGGACAGGGUGGUAUCCAUGACCCUUGACCCUACCGGCUCCAUCCUGGCCUGCCAUGGCCCCGAUUCCCAGUUGGAGUUGUUCAGGGUCUGCACAGAAGAGGAAAUUCAGACCAGACUCAAGAAAAAACAAAAGAAACUCAGAAAAAAGCUCAAGACCCAGGCAGGUGACCCAGGUGAGGACGCCCCUCAGGUGUGUCAGAGUCUGGAAGACGAGAUCCAGCCGCUCUGCUGUCUCACCGCGGCUGGCAAGGUCAGGUCAUGUGACCUCCUGCUGGACAGCAACGGACAGCUCAAGGCCUUCCUUGUUCUCCAUGACAAUGCCAUGGAAACCAUCACCGUGCCGACCAAUGAGAAGCGUCCCGAGCCGAGCGUGAAAGCGAGGCUGCUGUUGCCGGGACACCGGAGUGACGUUCGGACGGCCGCCUUCAGCAGCGACAACAUCGCCAUGGUUACCGGCGCAACGGAGUCCGUCAAGAUCUGGAACAGGUCCACCCAGCAGUGCAUCCGAACCCUGACCUCUGGCUACGCUCUCUGUUCAACCUUUGCCCCUGGAGACCAACAGGUCAUCAUAGGGACAAAGGCAGGGAAGCUGGAAAUAUUUGACAUUGGUUCUGGCAGCCUGCUGCAGUCUGUGGAGGCUCACCAGGGGGCGCUGUGGUCCAUAGCCGUGUCGCCAGACAAGAGAGGCCUUGUGUCGGGAGGUGCAGACAAGCUGGUGAAGUUUUGGGAUUUUGAGCUCAUCAACGAUGAGAAGUUUUCCUCCACAAGUAAACGGCUGAGCGUCAGCCACGCCCGCUCGCUACAGUGUGACGAGGAUGUUCUAGGAGUCAAGUAUAGCCCGGAUCACAGGCUUCUGGCUGUGGCCCUCCUGGACAACACUGUCAAAGUCUUCUAUGCAGACACACUGAAGUUUUUCCUGUCACUUUAUGGCCACAAGCUGCCUGUUUUAGCCAUGGAUAUUUCCACGGAUGGAACCCUGCUGGUUACCGGCUCUGCAGACAGAAACAUCAAACUCUGGGGUCUGGACUUCGGCGACUGCCACAAGUCUAUAUUUGCUCAUGAUGACAGUAUCAUGUGUGUUCAGUUCCUGCCGAGGACUCACAUGUUCUUCAGUGCCGGGAAGGACGGGAGGGUCAAACAGUGGGACGCCGACAACUUCCAGCACAUCCUCACUCUGGAGGGUCACCAGGGGGAGGUCUGGUGCAUGGCCGUCAGCCCUAAUGGGGACUAUGUGGUGACAGGUUCCCACGACAAGUCGCUCCGUCUGUGGCAGCGGACCCAGGAGCCGCUGAUUCUGGAGGAGGAGAGAGAGAGCGAGAGAGAGAAGGAAGAGAAGGAGUUUGAGCAGACUCUAGCUGCGGGAGAGCUACCUGCUGUUGCCGGAGAGACAUCAGGGGAAGCCGGGAUGGCGGGAAAGAAGAGCAUAGAAACUGUCAAGGCUGCAGAGAAAGUUAUGGAAGCUGUGGAGAUUUAUAAGGAAGAGACGGGAAAAAUGGAGGAGCACAGAAGGGAGUGUGACGCUCUGGGGAAACAGGUGCCACCCCCACCCCCACACCCCAUGCUCCUGGCCUAUGGAAAUGCAACACCGCUGAGGUUUGUGUUGGAAGUUAUCAAGAAAGUCCGAUCGAGUGAACUUGAGGAGGCCCUGCUGGUCCUGCCCUUCUCGUAUGUCGUCGACCUUCUCCAACUGCUGAACAGCUUCCUGACGGAAGGGUGGGAGGUCGAGCUCACCUGCAGAUGCCUCUUCUUCUUACUCAGGAUCCACCAGGGUGCGGUGACGUCUAACCAGGUCCUGCUGCCCGUUCUGGACAACCUGAGAAAAAACACUCAGGACAGAGUCACGCAGAUCAGGGACACUGUUGGGUUUAACCUGGCCGGUCUCCAGUUUCUCCAGAGAGAUUUGGAGGCUCGUGAUGACGUCACGUUUUUUGCCGACGCCACAGAAAGAUUCCAGGAACGGAAGAGGAAGAAAAAGAGAAAGGAGCGAGCAGUUUUAGCCAUUAGAACAUAGACAAGUACAAGUAUCAGAUGCCCUAUGAGGCCAAAUGCAAAGCAAUGUUUUGUUUGCUUAUAAUGGAUCAAAGAAAACAGUACACACAGAAACAGGUCAUUGACAAAUACAAACAUUUAUUAAUAUUUGUACCUCUAUCAAUGAUAUAAAGCUUACUUCAACUUUUGCAAAGAAAA